ACAUCUAAGUCUCUAUCGCACUUUACACUCUAUCGUCGUACGUGACGCACGCAAGUCGUUGUUCGUAGUAAACAUCAUCAUUAUCAUCUGAAAUGGCAGACACAGCAGUCGCAACCGAAGCUCCGGCACCAGCCACCCCGGCGAAGAAGCAGACCGGCAGACAGGCGGGAGCCGCGAAGAAACCGAAGGCGAAGCCCACCCAUCCCAAGACCUCCGAGAUGGUGAACAACGCGAUCAAGGAGAUGAAGGAACGCAGCGGCUCCUCCCUGCAGGCCAUCAAGAAGUACAUCGCCGCCCAGUACAAGGUCGACGCCGAGAAACUGGCUCCGUUCAUCAGAAAGUACCUGAAGAGCGCCGUCGAAUCCGGCACUCUGAUCCAGACCAAGGGCAAGGGCGCUUCGGGAUCUUUCAAGCUCGAGUCGAAAUCGGCCGCGGCGAAGAAGCCCGCCGGUGCCGCGGGUAAGGCCGCCGCCGGCAAGUCCGGCGCGUCCGCGUCCGCCGCAUCGAAGGCCGGCGCCGCCGGCAAGAAGGCGACCGCCUCAGCGGCCGGCGCCAAGAGCAAGAAGGCAGCAGCCGCGGCCGCGUCUGCGUCGGCGGCUUCCGGUUCACCCGCGAAGUCCGCUAAAUCGUCGGCAGCCAAGGACAAGAAGGCCGCCGCCGCUAAGAAGAAGCCCGCGCCCAAGAAGGCCGCCGCUCCCGCUAAAGCGAAGGGAGCCGCCGCACCGAAAGCUAAGAAGACAGCCAAGCCCCCGACCAAGAAACCUAAGGCGCCCAAACCCAAGAAGGCAGCCGCCGCUACGCCCAAAUCGAAGCCGGCAGCGAAGAAAGCAGCCGCCGCCAAGAAGUAAACCGCUUGCUGCUGUUGCUGCUCUUAAGUCGCGGCGGCACGGUACCGACGCGGUGCGGACGGACGGACGGACGGAGGAACGACCGGACGACCGGAACGUGGCGGAGCCGAUCGAACGCGAUCACGCGCGUAUGGCGGUGCGUGCAUAUUCACACAUGCAUUGCGCUCUCAUUCGCGUUUACCGCGCUUAACAAGCGCACACCAAAAAGCCCUUUUCAG